UUCCAUUAAUCCACAAGUUGCUCAGUGUAAGAAAGUGAGAAUUCUUUUGUAUUUCAGUUGACAGCUACUCAAUGGCAACAUCAGCAAAUAAGGGGGGCCCAAAAAAGGUUGGGUUUUUUGACUGGCUGAUUGAACAGAUCAACAGUCGAAGAUACAAGGGAUUGGACUGGACAGAUAGGAACCACACAACCUUUCGUAUCCCUUGGAAACAUAUUUCAAAGAAGACUCUUGUGGCAGAUGAUUAUGAGAUUUUCAGGGCAUGGGCUAUGUUUAGCAAAAAAUAUAAUGAAGAUAUAUCAGCUCCUAGUAAAUGGAAAAUCAACUUCCGCUGUGCCAUGAACAGUACAAAGAGAUUUGAAGAACUGGUGUCAAAUGAACCUGACUUUCACAAGUACAGAAUCAUCCCCCUGAAGCCAAAAACUGAAUCAACAACUAACCUCCCUUCUGGUACAAAUAAUGGGAGUGACUGUGAAGCUGAACCAUCACAUUUCAGUCCAUACGGUGAAGAAUGUCCAGCUCGGCACCAAUCUACAUGCCUACCACAGCUGGAGAUAGAUGCUGCUUUUCAAACCCUGACACUGGAAAGUGGAAUGCCAGGUGCUGCAGUGCCAAAUGAGAGUGCAGCAGGAAAUUUCUACCAGACCGGUGAUGAUGCGCUUGAAUGGAUUAUUCAGCAGUCCCAACUGAAUCUAACUGAAAUGCAGCAGGUCUCGUGGGCCCCAACAGUAACUACAGAUUCCAGUAACCCUAUAGGGAAUGCUAUUUUGUAUGAACAAAGUUCCUGUGAAAUCCCUCAGGUCAACCAAAAUGGCUGCUUACCUAUAGGGAAUGGAGUAGUGGUUGAACCUGUGGCAAAUAACUGUUAUCAAGUAGGACCCCAGUGGCUACCUGCAAACACAACAAAUGAGAUUUCCCAGUCAACCAUUGCUUUUCCAGUAUCACAUGCUCAACAAAACUUUCCUGGUACAAAUCAAUUUAACCAAUUGGAAGAAGCUGUCUACAGUGCCAGCUGUUUUGUCAAUAACAUUUAUCUGAAUGAAGAGCCUCAGGAAAAUGGAGUGAUGAAUAAUGAAAUGAGGAAUGGCUAUCCAUUUACAGCAAACCAGCAAGCCAUGAUGGAACAGAGUGUAUUUGCACCUUCAGCUGCCCUCCCAACAGAUGAACCAGCCAUCCAUAAUGUUCCUUCUCAGGACCCUGUAGAAGCUGACCCAUUUACCAUAGAGGUCUCUAUCUACUACCGUGAUAAGCUGCAGUACAAAGCAGAAGUAAACAGCUGCAUGUUCACCUAUAACCAGCAGACCUGUGACAACCCGCACAAUGCACAGAUCAUACAGUUUCCAAACCCAGAGGUGCUGACAGAUCAGAAGCAAGUUCAGCAUACCUUGACUGCACUACAAACUGCAAGUUUAUUGUUAUAUCAGAAAAACAGGAAGAUCUGGGCCAAGCGACUUGGCCUUUGUAAGGUCUUCUGUGCAUUCUCUAAGGAGCUGGACAAUCAGUCUCAGGACCCUCCAUGUAAAUUGCUGCAAAGGAAUGUUGAAACUGAAAUAUUCAACUAUGAACAGUUCUUUCAAGAGCUGGUUGAAUUCCGUGAUGGUCGAAGAGGCUCAUCUCCUGACUAUACCAUUUAUCUGUGCUUUGGACAGCAAUUUUCUACUUCCAAACCCAAGGAGUCCAGACUGAUCUUGGUGAAGCUGGUUCCAAAUGUUUGUAAACAUUGCCAUGAAAUCCUGCAGAGAGAAGGCUUCUCGUCCCUGACCAGCGAAAACGUGAGCCUCCAAAUCUCCAACAGCCUCUUUGACAUGUUAGAACAUUUCAUGCAGACGGAGACAGUGUAUUAAGCACUUUGUGUUGUAUGCCAGUCGGUUGGUAGGUUUUGCAAAGGGUGAGGCUGGCUCCCUCCAUUUGUCGCAUAGGCAGAAGUGCUGUAAUCUCCUGAUUGAAUCUCACCCUUGCAUUAAGCUGGAUAACCCAUGAAUUGGACUACUAUUUAUUGAGAUAAUCACACUAUGGGGAUACAG